CUAUAAGGCAUCAAUAAUUGUUGAGAUAGAAGAACUUAAGAUGCAGAACUCAUCGCUACAGGAAAAAGUAGCCAAGGCCGAAAAAAAUGCAGAGGAUGUUCAACAUCAGAUAUCGACAACUGAAAGCACAAAUCAAGAAUAUGCAAGGAUGCUUGUAGAUCUGCAGAACAAGUCGACACUGAAAGAAGCAGAAAUUAAAGAAAUUACAGAUAGUUCUCUUAAAAAAAUAAUGGAUUUGCAAAACCAACUCAAACAACAAGGUGAAGACUUUAAGAAGCAGCUAGAAGAGGAAGAAGCAAGAAAAUCUGAGAAUGAAAACAAAGUGGCAGAACUAACUGAAGAAAUGAAUAAAUGGCGUCUCCUUUAUGAAGAACUAUAUAAUAAAACAAAACCUUUUCAGCAACAACUGGAUGCAUUUGAAGCAGAGAAACAGGCACUGAUGAAUGAACAUGGUGCAACUCAGGAACAGCUAAAUAAAAUAAGAGAUUCAUACGCUGAAUUAUUAGGUCAUCAGAAUCUAAAGCAAAAAAUCAAGCAUGUUGUGAAAUUGAAAGAUGAAAAUAGUCAACUCAAAUUGGAGAUAUCAAAACUCCGAUCUCAGCUUGCUAAAAAGAAACAAAGUGAGCUUAAACUUCAGGAAGAAUUGAAUAAAGUUCUGGGUAUCAAACGCUUUGAUCCUUCAAAGGCUUUUCACCAUGAAUGUAAAGAAAAUUUUGCCAUCAAAACCCCAUUAAAGGAAGGCAAUACAAACUACUGCUGAGCCCACGUGCCCCCUGAGGAGACAUUGCCUCAAGGAAUGGAUGUCAAAGACCUGUUGAAGAUAAUUUAUCCUUACUGUUGCUAUUUGUUACUGUUGUUAGGUUU